AAAUAAAAUUAAUGAGAGACUAAAUAAUUGCGUUGCAGUUCAUGGAGAGAGAAGUUUACUUGCAAAAGUCAGAAGUCCACAUCAUUUGAUCAUCGUUUGAUUUAAUAUCUAAGAUUCUGCUGUCAUAAAUUGCAUUAAAAUUCAAAAAUUAUUCAGUAUCUUCUGUUUAUCUGGGCUCAAAUCUUUCACCUUACUAUAACUUGUUGAUUUCUAUCAAAUUUCAGAAAAAAUAUUGCAAUCAUUGGUGGGUAGUUUGUUCCCAAAAAUAUGGCAUCCUCAGAAAGUGUUGUGGGUUUUGUGGGACUUGAUGAUGUAAGCUUGGAGUUGGCUGCUUCACUUGUUCACUCAGGUUAUGCUGUCCAAGCUUUUGAUUCUCAGUUUGACGGGCCCUUAAUGGUUGAAUUCUCAAAAACUCUUGGAGGAAUUAGAUGUGCCAGUGCAAUGGAGGCUACUAGAGGUGUUGUGGCUAUAAUCCUCCUGAUUUCUCACCCAGCACAAAUUGAUGACUUGAUUUUCGGCCGAGAGGGUAUUUUGGAAGGUUUGAAGAAAAAUGCGGUACUAGUACUCCGAUCAGUUAUGGUACCUGCCGAAGUUCAAAGGCUGGAAAAGCGUCUUACAAGCAAGGAGGAGUAUGGCAUAAAUGCAGUAGUUGAUGCCUAUAUCACUAAGAACACUUCUGAAGAUUUGAAUGGGAGAAUCAUGAUAAUUUCAUCAGGGAAGUCUAAUGCAAUCGCAAGUGCACAUCCUGUGCUUUCUGCUAUGUGUGUAAAGCUUCAUGUUUUUGAAGGUGAAAUUGGUGCUGGCAGUAAAGUAAAAAUGGUUACAGAGUUGCUUGAGGCCAUUCAUCUCGUAGCUUCAAUUGAGGCAAUCUGUCUCGGUGUACAAGCAAAAAUUCAUCCUUGGAUACUGUAUGACAUUAUCUCUAAUGCUGCUGGUAACUCAUGGGCUUUUAAGAAUCAUGUUCCACAAUGGUUAAGGGCUGACCAUAUGAAGCAUCAGACUUUAAACAGCCUCGUCGAGAAUCUGGGGGCUAUUUUAGGAUUGGCAAAAUCUCUUCCUUUUCCACUUCCGCUCCUUGGAGUUGCACAUCAACAACUUCUUGGUACUGGGUGUUCUCAUGGAGAUGACAACAAAGCACCAUUGUUCAAGGUAUGGGAGAAAGUUCUUGGAAUCAAACUUGAAGAUGCAGCCAAUGAAGAAACUUACAAUCCACUAGAACUUGCACGAGUGCUGGAUUCCAGGUCGAAAGUAGUAAACCGCGUUGGUUUCAUUGGUCUGGGAGCAAUGGGAUUUGGAAUGGCAACCCACUUACUGAGGUCAAAUUUUACGGUCGUUGGUUAUGAUGUGUAUCAACCAUCACUUUCUCGAUUUGCAGAAGCAGGUGGAUUAGUGGGUACCUCUCCACUAGAAAUAUCAAAAGGUGUUGAUGUGCUUGUGAUAAUGGUUACAAAUGAAGCUCAAGCAGAAAGUGUUCUUUUUGGAGAACUAGGUGCAGUCCAGGGUCUUUCAGCAGGAGCAGCUAUUAUUUUAUCAUCCACCGUCUCCCCGGCAUAUGUAAGCAAGCUGGAGCAACGUUUACGAGGAAAGAAUUUAAAUCUGGUGGAUGCCCCUGUUUCUGGUGGUGUUGUUAGAGCCUCUGCAGGAACUUUAACGGUAAUGGCAUCAGGAACAGAUGAAGCUCUGGAGCAAUGUGGUUCAGUACUUUCUGCAUUGAGUGAGAAGCUUUACAUCAUAAAAGGAGAAUGUGGAGCUGGAAGCUGUGUUAAGAUGGUUAAUCAACUACUUGCUGGAGUUCAUAUAGCAUCUGCAGCUGAGGCAUUGGCGUUUGCUGCACGCUUGGGUUUACAUACAAGAAAUGUAUUUCAAAUCAUAACCACCAAUACCGGAACAUCCUGGAUGCUAGAAAACCGUGGUGCGCACAUGGUGGACAAUGAUUUCACUCCGUAUUCUGCACUCAACAUCUUUGUGAAAGAUCUGGGAAUUGUUUCUCAUGAAUGCGCAUCUCGGAAAAUUCCCCUUCAUGUAGCAGUCGCUGCACAUCAACUAUUUUUAGCAGGUUCUGCUGCUGGCUGGGGCAGGCUUGAUGAUUCUGCCGUUGUCAAGUUUUACGAGUCUUUAACAGGAGUCAAAGUUGAAGGAAAACUUCCUGUCCUUAGUAAAGAACAAAUGAUGAAAUCUCUUCCUCCAGAGUGGCCUGUUGAUCUUACUAGUGACAUCGUCAAGCUUUGCAAGAACAACGUAAAGCCUUUGGUUGUUCUUGAUGACGAUCCGACAGGAACACAAACUGUUCAUGAUAUUGAAGUCCUUACAGAGUGGAAUGUUGAUGCGCUUGUUGAACAAUUCCGAAAAAAGACUAAAUGCUUUUUCAUAUUGACAAACUCAAGAGCUGUCAGUUCCAGUAAGGCUAGUGCUCUAGUAGUUGAAAUCUGCCUCAAUCUACAGACUGCAGCUAAACUAGCUGAUACAGAGUUCACCGUGGUAUUGAGAGGCGACUCAACUCUGAGGGGCCACUUCCCAGAGGAAAGUGAUGCUGUUGUUUCAGCCUUGGGGGACGUUGAUGCAUUGAUUAUAUGCCCAUUCUUUCUUCAAGGUGGUCGCUUUACAAUAGGCGACGUACACUAUGUGGCAGAAGCUGAUCGGCUUGUUCCUGCCGGGGAGACAGAGUUUGCCAAAGAUUCGGCUUUUGGGUAUAAAUCUUCAAAUUUACGAGAGUGGGUUGAGGAGAAAACACAAGGGCGUACAGCUGCUAACAAGGUUGCUUCAGUUUCCAUUGAACUCUUGCGUAAAGGUGGCCCUGAUGCUGUUUGUGAGCAUCUAUGUAGUUUGGAGAAGGGUUCAACUUGUAUAAUCAAUGCUGCCAGCGAAAGGGAUAUGGCUGUAUUUGCCGCUGGGAUGAUCAUGGCAGAACUAAAGGGAAAACAAUUUUUAUGCCGCACUGCAGCUAGUUUUGUUUCUGCUAGACUAGGAAUAACUUCAAGGCCUCCGAUUUCCGCCAAGGAUUUGGGAAUACACAAGGAAAGAACUGGUGGUCUUAUAGUUGUAGGAUCUUAUGUUCCUAAAACUACAAGACAGGUAGAAGAACUAAAAAAUCAAUUUGGACACUCCUUAAAAUGGAUCGAGAUUUCUGUCGAGAAAGUGGCAAUGAAAUCUUCGGAAGAAAGAGAGAGAGAAAUCAAUCAAGCUGCGGAAAUGGCUGAUAUUUAUAUUCGGACUUGCAUGGACACAGUAGUUAUGACCAGCCGAGAACUUAUCUGUGGAAAAACCCCAUCAGAAAGUCUCGAAAUUAAUUCCAAAGUGAGCUCUGCCUUGGUGGAAAUUGUUAGGCGCAUAAGUACAAGGCCUCGCUAUAUUCUAGCAAAGGGUGGAAUCACUUCAUCUGAUAUUGCUACCCAAGCUCUUGAAACCAAAAUUGCUAAAAUAGCUGGACAAGCCUUGGCAGGUGUUCCCUUAUGGCAAUUAGGUGGUGAAAAUCGACACCCAGGACUCCCUUAUAUUGUUUUUCCUGGCAAUGUUGGUGACCAUAGGGCUCUUGCUGAAGUUGUAAAAUCUUGGGCUCGUCCUGCGAAACUCUCAUCAACCAAAGAACUGUUGCUUAAUGCGGAAAAAGGUGGAUACGCUGUCGGAGCCUUCAAUGUCUAUAAUUUGGAAGGGGCUGCUUCCGUUGUAGCUGCUGCUGAAGAAGAACGCAGUCCUGCUAUAUUGCAGAUCCAUCCCGGGUCCUUGAAGCAUGGAGGUAUUCCUUUAGUUGCUAGUUGUCUCAAAGCUGCCGAGAAAGCCAGUGUUCCAAUUACUGUCCAUUUCGACCAUGGAACAUCCAAGCAAGAAUUACUCGAAAUGCUAGAGUUGGGAUUAGAUUCAGUAAUGGUGGAUGGCUCACAUCUGUCAUUUGAGGACAACCUACAGUACACACAAUACAUAGCCAAUUUAGCUCAUCAGAAAGACAUAUAUAUUGAAGCUGAAUUAGGAAGAUUAUCUGGAACAGAAGAUGACUUGAGUGUCGAAGAGUAUGAGGCACGUUUUACUGACAUCAACCAGGCGGAAGAGUUUAUCGAUAAAACUGGCAUUGAUGCUCUGGCAGUAUGCAUCGGCAAUGUCCAUGGAAAAUACCCGGCCAGUGGACCUGAUCUCAGGCUUGAUUUGCUUAAGGAUCUGCACGUAUUGGCAUCCAGUAAAGGUGUGAUGCUCGUCCUCCAUGGUGCGUCUGGUUUACCCAAAGAACUUAUCAAGAAUUGUAUCGAUCUAGGUGUGCGGAAGUUCAAUGUGAAUACGGAGGUAAGGAAGGCGUACAUGGACUCACUAAACAAUCCCGGAAAAGAUCUUGUACAGGUCAUGACUGCUGCUAAAGAUGCUAUGAAAUCUGUUGUCGUUGAAAAGAUGCGUUUGUUUGGCUCCAGUGGCAAAGCAUCGUGAGUCGAGUCGACAAACCCAUUUUCCCGAGUUAUUUUUUUAAGUAUUAAUAUGAGCAUUUUUUCAAAAAACAUCAACAACAGACAUGGUAAUAAUGUGUUAGAAGUAUACAGGAUGCUGAUAAAAUGCAGGAGGAUGUAUUUGUGUCAAUAAGCUCUCUGAUUAAAAUUUGUAGUGGUUAGUACUUAGUAUCAAAACUCAAUCACUAUAAGCUGAUUUAAAGUUAUUUGUUAUUUUUCUAAUAAUUUAUUUAUAUUUUUAGUUAUUUUUAUUUGGUAAGAAGAAUCAACGCUUGAGACAUCAUAUACUUCUACUAUCUAGUAUGUAUUAAUCUUGCUUGUC